AUGAAGUUGCUGUUGAAACAGCAGUCUAGGGCAGACCGCGGCAGCAUGUAUAACAUCAAAGACAGAUUCGGCUUCAGGAAUGUUUCUACUAAUUUGAUGAAAACCUUUAACAGUACGACACAUUUCCUGAGAGUGGUCACAGAAGCAUUUGUAUGUCUUUUGGGAAAUGAGCGACUAAAAUGCAGGACCAGUGAAAAAGGCGAGGACUUACUGGAGGCCGUGGCUACAGAAAUCGUUGAAUUGGUCUAUAAGCAGAUACCGACUCAUCAGAUGGCUGAGAUAGAACAAUUAUGGCAAGAGGACCCAGAGCAACAGGAGGGGAUUUUUCCCUACUGCUUCUGUCAAGAAGAGAAAGAAGAGAACAUGGUUGAAUGUUCGGGGGGGAAAACCUGCCCCAACGGACAAUGGUUCCAUCUGUCCUGUGGCCACAUCCCGACAGCCAAAUACAGGGAAAUCACUGAAGAAGACUGGUGGUGUGGCAGCCCCCAAUGCCGGACCAAGUCCAUUUUUUGCUGUGGCCGCAACCUAGAGUUAGACGACCAGGAUUUAGACUGGAUUAUGUGCGAUAAUCCUAAAUGCAGCACUCACUGGUUCCACCUGAAAUGCACCCGUCUUAAGAAAAUACCCAAAGGAGAUUGGUUUUGCACCAGUCGAUGCAGAAAGGAAGCGAAGAAUGUUGCCAAGGACAGCAUAGAUCAUGUGAGGGAAUACUCCCUCGCUGUAAUCUUCCUUGGCCUUCUCGACGAGGCCCGGCGGUUCGUUGUGAGGCACGGCGAUGGCCAAAACAUCCUUCGCUUCUGGCGCCUGGACAUGUCUCGAUUCAGGAUGGGGAAUCACUACAAUUACGUGAUCCUCGGUCAUAGGUUGCUGGCAGGUGUGAACGGAUAUUAUGACGGACGUGUGGCUUUUGAUGCGGUCAACAACCGGACAGUGAACACCACCGGGAAGCCCGCAGCCAACCACGAAAUUGACCUAGAGAACGAAUUCUGCAACAAACAAGUGGCAGAUGGUCUGAAGGAGCGCGGUGUAGUAUCAGAGACGAAUGCUGAAAAAAUCAGCCGGCUUUGCGGCUCUACCCGCAAGGAAAUAUUCCUCCUAUACGAAGAAAAGUACUGUGAGAGUUACGCCAGCCAAGGUGGUGCCGCACGGCACGAUGUUACGGAAAUCGUAUCGGAUCUAAUGCUUGAAUACCAACAGGAUAAGCUGUUUAAUGAAAUCCCUGGCCGAUUCCAUCAUGGAUUUGAGGAGUUUGUCCAUCAAGAUCUGAUCAUCCAAUCCGUUCCGCGCUAUGUUGCGAAGCUAAAAUCACUGAGUCUCAAAAUUGACCGCGAGAAAGCUGUCCGUCAAUAG